AUGGGUAUCAGUAAGGAAGCAACGGUUGCUGAAGUGUUGAUGAUGUCUCGUAGAAGAAGGCAUAGAGAACCUGUUCUGAAUUUGAUAGAAGAAGAGUUAUUGAAAUGUACGGUGAAUGAUGCUGAUGAUGUUGGUCUUUGGAAGCAGAAGGAAAAUGUCUUCAAGAGCAAAUUCUCAACAAGACACACUUGGAAUAUUCUGAGAACCAGAAGUGAAGAGUGUAAUUGGUCUAAGGGUAUUUGGUUCUCCUAUGCGACACCGAAGUUUGCUUUCCUUGCGUGGCUGGCAAAUCAUAAUAGACUGUCCACGGGGGACAGGAUGAUGAGCUGGGGAGGUAACUCAAAUGUUGGUUGUUCUUUUUGUGAUGUGGAGAUGGAAACAAGGAAUCACAUUUUCUUUGAAUGUGAGUAUGCUGAAGCGGUUUGGAAGAAUCUUGCUGGGAAGCUUAUGGGGGAUGAUUAUUCACAUGUUUGGGCAAUUGUUUAUGAAAUGAUUUGA